UCCUCGCAGAAAACCGUCAAAAAUGAGACCGCGGAUAGCGAGAAUUUUCUUGGGAGCGGCUUUAUUUGUUGUUUUAAGUGAAAUCGCCGCUAGGCCAGCGGACGAACGGGAAUCCAAUGCACAAAAGCUGAAAGGAAGAAGGGGGAAGACACAACAAGAUGGACUAAAAUGGAAACAAACAAAGCUUGAAUUACGCGACUCUUCAAAAGGGCAACACAGAAAAACACGGGUCAAUAAGUCACUGAAGAAAAAGCAGACUCCUUCGCCUUUGAAAGAUGAGAACAGAGAGAGAAAAAGACAGUUUAUAAUGCGCCCUUCACAUGCUUUCGGUCACUCGUAUAUGUUUAUGCGUCCGCCACCCAUGACCCAGAGAACAAUCGUAACAACUCGUAUACCCAGACCUCCCAUGCCAAUACCAUAUAAUCCGUUUUUUGGUCGAGGAUUCUUCGGUGGAAUGCACCAUCUGCAUAACCCUUUUUACGAUGCAAUGGCACAAAUGUAUGGUGAAGAGGACGAAGAAGAUGAAGAACGUCACUGCAAUCCAAAUCCGUGCCAGAAUGGUGCCACAUGUAACGAGGUCAAGGACGGUUAUGAAUGUAUGUGCACUCCUGGUUUCAAAGGAACUGAUUGCGAAGAGGAGAACAAGUGUCACCCGAAUCCCUGUCGCAAUGGCGGAAUCUGCACAGAAGCCAAUGGUGCUUACAUUUGUACCUGUAUGGAAGGAUACAAGGGAAUGAACUGCGAAGAGAAAAAUAAAUGUCAGCCAAAUCCAUGUAGAAACGGCGGAACGUGCACCGAAAUGGAUGAUGGAUUCGAAUGUUCGUGUCCAGCGGAGUACAAAGGACCUACAUGUCAAGUGGAGAACCUUUGCUUCCUAAACCCAUGUCUGAAUGGAGGAACAUGUAUGGAGGUUAUGGGGUCUCACAGUUGCCUGUGUAUGGAGGGAUUCAGCGGAGCCGCUUGUGAAAUUGAAAGCAAAUGUCGAAGCAAUCCGUGCAGAAAUGGGGGAACAUGUUUCGACAAUCACAACUCGUACACGUGUUCGUGUUUAGCGGGAUUUUCAGGAAUCAACUGCGAAACGAUGGUGUCAGUUUGUGACUCUAACCCUUGUCUUAAUGGUGGUUCGUGUCUCAACCAAGGACCUAACAUUUACAAAUGUGUUUGUCCUCACGGCUUCCGCGGAAAGAAUUGUGAAAGCGAGAAAAAAUGUGAGCCUAACCCGUGUCAGAACAGUGGAGUCUGUAGAGAACUUAUAGAGGACGAAGAUUACAAAUGUGAAUGUUUACAUGGAUAUAGAGGCAAGGAUUGUGAAGAGGAGAUUAACCUGUGUGAAUCAAAUCCGUGCAUAAAUGGUGGCACGUGUUCUACGUUAGGAAGUUCAUACCACUGUCUUUGUGUCGAAGGAUUCAGGGGAAUAAAUUGUCAGGAGCCGGAUAGAUGUCACGCACUUCCUUGUCAAAAUGGUGGAUCAUGCUAUCAGGAAAUCACCGGGACAUACAAAUGUCAGUGUCCAGAGGGAUUUAGAGGUUUCAAUUGUGAAGAGGAGUUGAAGUGUCAUUCCAACCCAUGUCAAAAUGGUGGUACCUGUUUUGAGAACAGUGGUGGUUAUACUUGUACAUGCCAACCAGGCUACAAAGGGAUCAACUGUGCAGAGCGUGACAACUGUCACCCUAAUCCCUGUCAUCAUGGUGGCGUGUGUGAGAUCGACGGCGAAGACUUCACUUGUUCCUGUUCGUCGGGGUGGACUGGAAUCACAUGUGAAGAUGAAGACCACUGUCACCCGAGUCCUUGUGAGCACGGCGGAGUUUGUAUAGCAAAGGGAGCAUCCUAUGAAUGUCACUGUCCCAUACAUUGGACGGGAAUUAACUGUGAAACACCCUCCACAAUAGCUUACGCAGUGGCCAACACAUGCGCUGCCACCACCUACGGCUGCUGCCCUGACGGGAAGACACCAGCUGCAGGACCUCACCAGACAGGCUGCCCAGAACAUAUUGGAGGUAUCGCAAAGUAAGCGGUCCAGUGUUCAUGAUGUCAGCUUCGAUUCUGGCAACUCAGAUAGGGGCCACCUUCAGGAAGAGUACCCUUGCCUGUUAUUUGUAUGAAAGAUGCGGAGUGCAUGCUUUGUUUGAAAGAGUAGUCUAGCUUGAGCUGAGCUCGGAUCAUUUGCAUUGUAAAUAUUAACGCUAAAGUAAUCUUAUCAAAGUAUGCUAUGAACACUAAAUUAGUUGCCACAAGAUGGAUAAAUAGAGUGUGUCAUACAAAGGUACUUUUACCUUGCGAGAUUAGAUCGAAAGAAAUGAUUUAAGAAUCGAUUCAAGAAAGUUUUGCGAACUGUGGGAAACUUACAGAUCAACUAUCAAUUUUCUAUUUUUAAACUGACGUUAGCUCGUUGAAAAUUGAUGGAGUUUCUCAAAAAGUUACUGUUGAAUAUUUGGAAACUGUUUGAUUCUAAGGGUUGAUUUCCGCAUUUUUCACGAGUCACUUCAUUUAGCCCAGUCAGGAGAGGAGCGUGAGCUCAUUUUCCGAUCAGCGGCAGGUAAUCGUGCUGCUGUUGUAAACAACGUAGGAGUAAAACGUCUGCGCAUGUGCCGACGCUGCGGUGGCCAGACGUCAUACUUCAUGGCUGUCAGAGCUGUUUUGACUAACAGGAUCCUGAGAAACAAACACAAAGGCUAGUUUGUCGCAGUGUUUUGAAAACGUGCAGCUUUUUUCGUUAAAGCUUUAAAAACACGAUGAAUGAAUAGAACACACUUCAUGAAAUCAGCAUUGUGUUAGGAAAGUCCUGAGUUUUCCCUAUGCUGCUUUUAUUUUCAUGUGAAAGAUUUCAGUGAACGUUUCCAUUCCUUAUUUGGUUGUUUGACACGCUUUUCUUUUACAUUUUGCGCCGGAAGUUGGUGCACGACUGGCCGAAAUCGAUCCACUUGUGCAUGCCUUACGUUUGACUCCUGUGUUAUGACAAACAGUGGCUGUAAUAAUAUCAUAUCGUCGCCGAUAUUUUGAAUGUUUUAGUUAUCAUUGCUUUAAAAACGGAGAUUGGUUGAGAACAGCACUGGUAUUGUCAUGUUAGUUGUGUUGUUACAAACUUGUUAUGCUGGUGACAUUGCUAAUACUCUUUCCGCUGGAAAUUUUCAGCUGUAUUGAUCCGUUUUGACAGGCUCGGUUUAUCUGUUAUGACUUUUCAACCAAGCAAGAAAUUUUUUUCUGGGCAUGUUUUGCCACCAACGAGUGAAAGGCACAUAGCAUUAAAAAUUUUGAUUUGUACUAAUAAAAGAUGACACUUGAUUUUGAACUUGA